AAAGAGAGAGAAAAUAUAAAAAAAAUACAACUAAGAAUAUUAUUUUAGAGAGAGAAGGUGGGAAGGGAAAGGAAGAAGAAGAGAGAAGCGCGACCGAUCCGAUCGAUAUCUCCCUCUGAGACAUGCCGACAUGGGAUCGAGGCUUUCACGUGGUCCCCGCAAUAGAAUAAUCCACCCUUUCCUCGCUUAAAUCCCUCAAAUCGAUCCCUUUCUUCGCCCCCUCCCAUUCGAUCCGUCUGAAAACGUCUCGCCUUUCUCCUUCGAUCCAUCGAUUUCUGGGUGUUUUCGAGCGGUUUGGGGGCUGAUUUGGAGAGAUGGAGAAGUACGAGCUGGUGAGGGACAUCGGGUCGGGGAACUUCGGGGUGGCCAGGCUGAUGCGGAACAAGGAGACCAAGGAGCUCGUCGCCAUGAAGUACAUACCCCGAGGGCAGAAGAUCGAUGAGAAUGUGGCGAGGGAGAUCAUCAAUCACCGCUCGCUGCGGCAUCCUAAUAUCAUUCGGUUCAAAGAGGUGGUGCUGACGCCGUCGCAUCUGGCGAUCGUGAUGGAGUUUGCCGCCGGCGGGGAGCUUUUCGAGCGGAUCUGCAACGCCGGGAGAUUCAGCGAAGACGAGGCGAGGUAUUUCUUCCAGCAGCUCAUCUCCGGCGUCAGCUACUGUCAUUUCAUGCAAAUUUGCCACCGAGAUUUGAAGCUGGAGAACACUCUCCUCGAUGGCAGUCCGGCGCCCCGCCUCAAAAUCUGCGACUUUGGCUACUCCAAGUCCUCUUUGCUCCACUCUCGGCCCAAAUCGACUGUCGGAACGCCGGCGUACAUCGCCCCCGAAGUCCUUUCCCGCCGGGAAUACGACGGCAAGCUCGCUGAUGUGUGGUCUUGUGGAGUAACUCUAUACGUCAUGCUGGUGGGAGCCUACCCCUUUGAGGAUCCAGAUGACCCCAAGAAUUUUAGGAAGACCAUUCAGAGAAUAAUGUCAGUCCAGUACAAAAUACCUGAAUAUGUGCACAUAUCCCAGGAUUGCAGGCAACUCCUCUCCCGAAUCUUCGUUGCUAACUCAGCCAGGAGGAUAACAAUUAGGGAGAUAAGGAAUCAUCCGUGGUUCUUGAAGAACUUGCCAAGGGAGCUAACAGAAGCAGCACAAGCAGUGUACUACAGGAGGGAUAACAAUGCGCCCACCUACUCCCUUCAGAGUGUAGAGGAGAUUAUGAGGAUUGUUAGGGAGGCUAGGACCCCUCCACCAUCAUCCACAAAUAUUGCAGGCUUUGGAUGGGCUGAGGAAGAUGAGCAGGAUGAAGACAAGCAAGAGAACCAAGAGAAUGAAGAGGAGGAAGAAGAUGAGUAUGAUAAGCGGGUCAAGGAAGCCCAUGCCAGUGGUGAAUACACGAUCAGUUGAUGAAAUAAUAGGUAAAGAAAGGAAAAAAUAUGUAAUUUCAUGCUUUCCUGGUCUUUCAGUGUCAAUUAUGGAUCUUUGUAAGUUUUCUACGAGUUGAUUUUUUUGAAUAUUCUGUCUCUAGUACUUUAACAUUGUGAAAUUAUCAGUGCUGGUGUAUAUAUAUAUAUAUAUAUAUA